CCGCUCCCCUUCUUUAUCUGCAGCCUACAGACUCAACAAAUGACACCACUUGGAGAGUUUAUUACACUGUCAGUAUAACGUAGCCUAAAAUGUGUUAUGGUGGCUUUAUCGGACAGUUUUAUUUCCCUGGCUGGGCGAAGGACAGCUAUUAUAUACCUGGAUGAAUUGUCGACACUGUCUUUUAACUCGGGAAUGCUUAUUGUGGACGAGCAGUUGCUUUUAGGAUAUUUGUUUUUCCUUAUUCUGACCAUGUGGAAGUGUUGAAAUGCGCACGACAGUGGAUUCGGUUCCGCUUAUAAAUACUGUAUUUAAUAAUUACUGUAGUUCCGUGCUACAUGUUUUUUUCCUUCGAUGCGUUUAGUUGAUGGCGACAGUUUUAUGUGACUCAACUCAACUUCUUCACCUGCGGCUGUUCCUUUUGAACACGGUCAGCUUGAAGACAACGGUUUUACACACUACGAACUGUCAUUGAACAACCAUCCCGAAAAGAGUUACAAGAAAGUGGAACUUACUUUCUAAAACUUUGUAAUACCUCAACCAAAUUAUGACUUCGGUUUGGAAAAGAUUACAACGCGUUGGCAAGAAAGCUUCAAAAUUCCAGUUUGUGGCGUCUUAUCAAGAACUUGUGUUGGAAUGCACGAAGAAAUGGCAACCAGAUAAAGUCAGGGUGGUUUGGACCAGAAGAAAUAGGCGUAUGUGCUCUAAGCUUCAUGGAUGGCAGCCGGGCAUCAAGAACCCCUACAGGGGGAUGGUGGUUUGGCCCGUACCUGAAAACGUGGAUAUCUCCCUCACACUCUUCAGGGAUCCCCAUUCUGAUGUGUUUGAAGACAAAGACUGGACAUUUGUCAUUGAGAGUGAGACAAAGGGUCAACGUAAGGUGUUGGCUGCAGUGGACGUGAAUAUGAAGAAGUUUGCCAGUGCCACUCCCACUCAGCAAGACCUGACAUUGAAGCUGAAGCCCCUGUCUGUCAAGGUGGUGGAGGCCACUCUGAAGCUCUCCCUGUCCUGUGUGUUUGUCAGAGAGGGGAAAGCCACCGACGAAGACAUGCAGAGCCUGGCCAGUCUGAUGAGUGUCAAACCCACAGACAUCGGUAACCUUGACGACUUCAACGAGAGUGAUGAGGAGGAAGACAGGAGGUCUAGUGCUGGAGCUAGCAUUAGCAAAGCUGCCGCAGCUCCUCUCCCUCCUGCUAGCCCGGUGCCUCCCCCGGGAAGGAGGCCUGCUCCUCUAAAGAAACCCCCUGUCAUAGAAAUACAGAGGGAGUUGAAGACUCUCACAGAAGAGGAAUACCACAGUCCUACUCUUGGUCCGAAACUGUCAGAGCAGCAGACGCCGUCUGUCUCCAGUGAGAAUGUUCCCCUGGCUCUGAGAGGGGACGAGUCUCCUCGCUCCCCCAGGACCGUCAGGAUCGCGAACCAACAAGCUUCCGUAGAGAAAACUGUGGGGUUGAAAGAUGCCAGUACCAUUAAAACUGUGGGGUUUAAAGAUGCCAGUACUAUUAAAGGUUCUGGGCAAGAUGGCGACCCAGCAACUGGUGUUCCUGGCCCUAUUCACACAGAAGUCUCAGCAGAGCUUAUUCCAGCGCUCCCUCCUCCAUGGCCUUUCUCUAGCCCAGAGACAGAAGCACCAGAGAGCACUACCCAUACAGAGCCUUCUACUAACAUCCUGGGAGCUUUUAGUGCUGAUAACACGCCAUUGGCUGAAAAGAAGCCUGACUUUAAACAGAAAUCCAAUGAGACCAAAGAAGUGCCUUCUCAACCUGCCAAACCAGAGGACAACUCUGCCUCAACCCCGGGUGAAAAACCUUUUAGUGCAGACAAGCCGCCAUUGGCUGAGCUCGACCUUGAUGACAUAAUCAUAGAGACGUCUGAUCCGUCAGUCAUGGCCGGUAACUUAUUUUUGGAGGACAAUGCAGAUGAAGAAACAUCAAAAGUGUGCGCAGUAAAGAGGUCACCAUUCAGCACCUUGAUGACUGAAAUGGAUCAUCAGGAUGGAAGUGUUGAACAGACAGCUGAUCCAGAGUCGACUGGAGUGCCAACAUCAAUGGAGCUCCACGUAGAGCACGGCCCAGUUGACACAAAGACACUUCCAGAGAUUGGAAACAUGUGUGGAGAUGCAGCUGAGAAGCACGCCAAAGGCCUAGAGCAGCCCGUUGAUAAGAAGCAGGGGAAACAGAGCCCAGUGCCUCAUUCACCUUGUUUAUAUGACCUCAACAGGUCAGAUGAAGACAAGGAAAUGAUGAAAAACAUGGCUGCUCUGAAGGCAGGUCCUCCCAGCAAAGACAAGGAAAUGAUGAAAAGCAUGGCUGCCCUGAAGGCAGGUCCUCCCAGCAAAGACAAGGAAAUUAUGAAAAGCAUGGCUGCCCUGAAGGCAGGUCCUCCCAGCAAAGACAAGGAAAUGAAAAUGCCGUCGUGGGCUGAGGAGGUUAUGGUCUCCAAAGAGAAUGAGAAGAAACAGAUGGACCAUCAACCUCGGGAUGAGAAGGCCUCAUUAUCACAAGCUGAUGAGCACAAAUCYGCCACUCUGGAAGUUCAAGUGAACAAGAGUGUAGAGGAGUCACAUAGUUCUGAAUGGAACGCAGCGAAAGAGGAAGCAGGCGUUUUGGAAGAACACAGAAGAGAUGCUAACUGUGUUCUGAAAGAGCGUUCUUCUGACCAUGUGUCAUCAAAAGCAGAAAUGUUUCCCUUGUCAGGCAGUGUCAGUGUAGAUAAAACCAUAGAAAUAGAMGUACUAUCAAACAGUAGUUAUUCCAUUUCUAUGGGUCAAACCAUGGAUGCUACUCCAGUAAGCCUAGAGACACCCAAAAUGCCUUAUCCCCCGCAAUAUGAAGUCCUUGAACCUAUGAUCCAAUUGAGAUUCACAUUAGACACCAUAUUUGAGGAUGCAAUGGAGAAUGUAGAACUGCCAGAGAAGACAGACCCACAGCCUCAGCCUCCAACAGAGGCCCUGGAGCAGCCAGAGGUUCCACUCUGGAAGGCCCUGGAGGUGAAAGCUAAUGAUCAGGAAUCAGAGCAGGACUCUGGAGAAGUGAUGAUCAAAGAUGAAGUCCUCAGGGAGGAACAGGGGGAAGUAGAUGAGAAGAUGUUAGUGCCAGAUGUAGAAUCACUGGAGACAGGAUCUGAGACGGCUGAGGGGGGGGAAAAGUCCAGUGACCUGGCUGUCCCAACAAGAUGCUCUAAGAAAGCUUCUCAGCCAUCCUCACCAGACACCACAACCCAGGGUAACAUCCAGGGUAACACCCAGGGUAACAUCCAGGGUAACAUCCAGGGUAACAUCCAGGGUAACAUCCAGGGUAACAUCCAGGGUAACAUCCAGGGUAACAUCCAGGGUACCAUCCAGGGUAACAUCCAGGGUAACAUCCAGGGUAACAUCCAGGGUACCUCAGGCAGUGAAGAGCCACAGUCCAAUGGACAGACCCCAGCAGAUAAGGAGGUCCCUUAUGGUCAAGCGUCAGAUACGGUUGUUCCUCCUCGAUGCAGCAAGAAGAAACCCCUUCCCUUUCCUGUGGUCUUCCAGGAAGUUGCCCCAGAGGCCUCCACUCCCAUUGCGGACAGGGACGAAGCCCAUGGGAAGGAUGUGUUGGUCCUCCGCCAGGAGAUGCCUGGUCCUCUGCCCAGUCCUGGUCUUGUGUCCUCCAGCAAGUCUUUACUGGAGUGGUGCCAGGAGGUUACAAAGGGUUAUACGGGAGUGAAGGUCACUAAUUUUAACACCUCUUGGCGCAAUGGUCUGGCUUUCUGUUCCAUCCUACACCACUUCUAUCCUGACAAGAUAGCUUUUGAGGCACUGGAACCCAACGAUAUCAAGUUAAACAACAAGAAGGCCUUUGAUGGCUUCGCUGCGCUGGGCAUCUCCCGACUGCUGGAGCCCUCAGACAUGGUGCUGCUCUCUGUGCCAGACCGCCUGAUCGUCAUGACUUACCUGAGUCAGAUCCGCACCCACUUUACGGGGCAGGAGCUGAGUGUUCUUCAGAUAGAGCACAACAGCAGCCAGUCCAGCUAUGCAGUGACUGAGCCCAGUCAGGGUUCUGAUGUGGAUGCUGCUGCUCGCUUCUGUGCCCGCAAGUUACAGGAAGGUAGCAUCUCCCUGGAGGACAGUGCUACAGAACAGGCCUCUAAGCCCAAUGGGAGCCUAGUGCCACCCCCCCGGACUAAACGGGUGACAAAAGUGGAAGAGAAGGGAAGCGGAGCUGGUGAUUUGGAUGGGGGAACGGGAGAGACACAGACCCCCGUGCCUCCACCCAGGUCACACACCUCUGCAGCCAAAUCAGGAUUUGGUCACGUAAGAGACGCCGACCUGGUGAAGAAAAGACGCUUGCGGCUGAAGAGUGAGUCCGUGGAUGAAGGGGAUGUGGUGGAGCAGCAGAGUAGCACAUCUAGGAGCACAGAGUCAGCUGAAAGUGUAUCAGACAGAGAAGUGAAGAAUGUCUCCUCAGAAUCCGAGUCAAGGAGCCCAGCACAAGUCCAGGAGUCUAGUGUCCCAAGCCAGGAGGAGGAUACUCUGCGUCUUCAGGACACCCGUCAGUAUGUGCUGAGUGAGCUGCAAGCCCUGGAGACUGAACAGAAGCACAUCGACAACCGAGCAGGCAUCGUGGAGAGGAGACUCAGAAGACUGAUGGAAUCAAGUAGCGACCGUGACGAGGAAGAGAAACUGAUCCAGGAGUGGUUCACUCUGGUCAACAAGAAGAACGCCCUGAUCAGGAGACAGGAUAAUCUGGAGCUGCUGCAGGAGGAGCAGGACUUGGAGAAACGAUUUGAACUACUGAAUAGAGAACUUAGAGCCAUGAUGGCCAAUGAAGAGUGGCAGAAGACUAAGGCCCAGCAGCACCGGGAGGAGCUCCUACUGCAGGAACUGGUCUCUCUGGUCAACSAGCGGGACGAGCUGGUCAGGGACUUGGACGCCAAGGAGAGAGGUGCCGUUGAGGAGGAUGAGCGUUUGGAGCGGGGGCUGGAGCUUAGACGCAGGAACUUCAGCAACAAAGACAAGUGUGUGCUGCAGUGAGAGUAGGGACGACAAUGACAAAUAGCGCAGUGCCUUAAAUACCAACCCAUCUAGAACUAAAUCUCCUCAGUCUCUGCUUCAAACCAAGCUCUCAGUCACUCAGCAACCUACAAUAUGAAACACUCCUAGACAAACAUGUCACCACAGCAACAAAUCCUUAACUGGGAUUUUGGGACUGAUCGUUAAUAAACCAUUAUACCCCCGGAGGUGCUGGGGCUGUGUGCCUUCCCUUUUGGAGAUACUUGAAGAAAUAAAUCCCUCUGUACCUUGAGGUAAGAGACUCUGGGAAGGUCGCCCAUCCAUGGAGUACUUUUGAUUGAGAAACGAGGACCUUUCUAAUUCAGUCUGUCAAUGUGCCUUGCUCUGUCAUUCAAUAGACAGAAAGCCCACUGUACAAACAGAUGUGUUGUAUACUUUUAGACCGCCAUGAAGCUAAGAGGUUCAGAUGUAUAGGCCAUCAUGUUUACUUUUACGUCUAUAAACAUCUCACUGAUGUCAUCAACAAUAUAAGAGAACUUUGCCUGAAUGCUUUGGUGGAACUGGCUAUGAAAUGAACGGUCUGGUGUUUAGACACAAAAUAAUCAGACCUCUCUGUAUACAGGAGGGUUUGAUAAUAUCAGGCCUCUGUGUAUACAGGAGGGUUUGUUAACAUCAGGCCUCUGUGUAUACAGGAGGGUUUGGUAACAUCAGCUCUGUGUUUUACUUUGGACCCAGAUGUUUGAUGAAAGAAUCAAGUUUAUGAGAGUAUCACGUCUUGAUGACUUCUGGUGAUGACUUGUAAUUGUGUUUUAUCAAUCUUUCUUUUAUUUAUGGAUUGGACAUGUGCAUGAGAAAUGUUUGGGUUAGGUGUGUCAUAUUACAAGUGGCAUGAACAGUCAGCUCUAACCAGAAAUGAAAGAAAAAGAGAAUAGUGAAUAAAGGUGAAACUAGUUGUAGACAGAAGCUAGUAGUCCUACUUGGAAAACAUACAUACCAUCCUGUAUAUAAUACUGUAUAUCCCUCUAUUAUUCUGAGUCUCCCAAGUGGUGCAGCGGUCUAAGGCACUGCAUCUCAGUGCUAAAGGUGUCACUACAGACCCUGGUUCGAUUCCAGGCUGUGUCACACCUGGCUGUGAUUGGGUAGCACACAAUUUUCCCAGUGUUGUCCGAGUUAGGGUUUGGCAGGGGUAGGCCGUCAUUGUAAAUAAGAAUUUGUUCUUAAGACUUGCCUAGUUAAAUCAAAUUUAAAUGAAUUACCUGGCACUGCAGUUCUUUCAAUGUUUUUUUUAUUUUAGCAAAGARCUUUAUUCUCUGUCAAAUUGUCUAGUAUUAAUAGUCAACAUUUACCAAUGGCUUGUUAGAUGUUAUGUGCUAUUAUCAUAGAUGAUGAUUACUAUCAUUCAUGGUGUUAUUAAUAUUAUGAUUAUUUUCUUCUAUUUUUUCAACUAUUUCAAUUUUUGUUUUGUUUUCUGCAUUGUUGGAAAGGGCCCUUAAGUAAGCGUUUCAUUGUUAGUCAACACUUCUUCUUUUUUUACGAAGCAUGUGACAUUUUUGGGGGGUGUAGAUCUGAAAAUGUAAUGAUGUGACAAUAAAGUAUUACUUUAGGUCCAAGG